GGGAGGAGGUGUACCGGCUCCUGACGCACUUUCUGCUGGUAGGAGGGGAGCUAGGGACCCGAGCCCACUAAUGACGUUUCCUCCACGUGAUCAGGAGCCGACGUGUGCAGAAGUCCCUCUCCAGGUACCAGCUCCUUAUUUCCGUGGAGGAAGGCGGACUUCAGACUGAGGGACAGAGGUGGGGGCAUCUGCCCUAUAACCCUGCAGGUUUUCGGAUCUGUGAUUGUAGACACCACACCAGGCAAGAAAAGGAGAGACCUGCAGUUUCAGUGGAGUUCUUCCAACUGCAGGCAAGGGAGAAAUGAAGAAAAUUGCCCAGGAUCCCUGUAGGACAGGCAAAGAAGGGGUAACUUCAACAUGGAAAAUCUCUACAAAGAAAAUGAAGGAAAGCCAGAAAAUGAAGGAAACCUGGAAACUGAGGAUAAGCCAGAAGAUGAAAUAGAUACAGAAGAUGAAGGAAAUGCAGAAGAGGAAAAACUGGAAGUGGAGGGGAAGCCAGAAAUAGAGGGAAAACUAGAGGAUAAGGGAAAGCCAGAUGAUGAGGGCCAACCGGAAGAUGAGGGAACCCAAGAAAAGCAGGGAAAGCCAGAAAAUGUGGGAAAACCACAAGGUGAGGGCAAGCUGAAACCUGAGGGAAAGCCAGAGAGUGAGCCACGGGCCGCUGAAAAGCGCCCAGCUGAAGAUUAUGUGCCCCGGAAAGCAAAAAGGAAAACGGACAGGGGGACGGAUGAUUCCCCCAAGGACUAUCAGGAGGACUUACAGGAAAGGCAUUUGAGCAGUGAGGAGAUGAUGAGAGAACGUGGUGAUAUGUCAAGGGCUCAGGAAGAGCUAAGGAAAAAACAGAAAAUGGGUGGUUUUCACUGGAUGCAAAGAGAUGUACAGGAUCCUUUCUCCCCAAGGGGCCAACGGGGAGUAAGGGGAGUGAAGGGCGGAGGUAGGGGCCAGAAGGACUUAGAAGACGUUCCAUAUGUUUAAUGCCUUUGGCCUUCAAUUCUGCUUCCCCUGAUGAGAAUAUUGCCAGCCCUGCUUUCCUGGUAGGUAUUUGCCAGGCUUUAUGCUUUAACUUUAUGCUGAUACUUUGCUUUAGGUGUCACUCUCAUUACCAGCAGCCUUUUGACCCAAAUGCAGCACUCUAUGUUUCAGUAGGGGAUUUUCACCCAUGUGCAUGCAAAAGGUGUUCAUGGUACAUUGUAAAAUAAUAAUAAAGAAAACAUCAGUUUGCAGAACCACA